CUCAGAUGCAAAAAAGAUGUAAUUCAAAUCUGUUUUAGCUGAGAAAAAUGGCAGAUUUAGCUUCUGAACAAUUUCUCACUGAAAGAGAAGAAAGAUAUCUUUUGAAACUUGUUUACAAGUCAGCAAAUGAAACUGCAGGUGGUUAUUAUGUACGACCAAAGCGAAGGAUCAUCAAGAUGGAAGUGUCUAACCUCAGAUCAUCUGAUCUGACUCGUGAUCAGAUAAAAGCCUUGGCUGUCUGCUUACCUUCACUCCAAUGUGGGCCUAGAACAGAUGAUGAGCAUUUUGACCAAAAGUGGUGCAAGGAAAGGUUACAUGUGCACCAAUUCAGCUCAACUUCCGAACUGAACAUAAUUCCACCCUCAGCACUAACAGCUGAAGUAGCGAGGAGGAAGGGGAGGCCUCAGCAGCCAGACAGCAGCCAGUUACAGCUGGUGACCCCAGUCCACCCAGAGCAGAUCGACAUACAGGCCCUGGCCAACACCCAGAAUCACUUCAACUUCAUGGAGUUUGAGGGGAGGAAGUUUGUGAGAGUCACCUCCUCAGUUCACUCACCUGAUGGACGACAGCGUCCAAGGAAAUGGAGAGUUUCUGACUACAACCUGAAGGGUCAGAUGAUCCUGUCUGUGAUCUGCACCAUUACCAUGGAUGUCCAAAUAUCCAACAGUGAAGAGAGACGGCAUUCAGAGCAGGAAGAGAGCAGGGUCACCACCUGAGCAACAGAGGAGACAGAACAUUUAUUUGCAGUUAUUAUUAAACCUGCAUUACUGCAAGCGAUUGUUUUUGGGCCACUUGGGGGCAGCAUAAACACAAC